AUGAAGACAUUUAAUAUUUUGUCGUGGAUGGGAUUGGUCGCUGUUGUCGCAAGUGAGGGUCUUCUUCCGCCACGCGGGCCUCUCUUGAACAUCUCAGCCCUUCACAUUUCCAGGAGGAACGCCAUUCCAAUCGACUUUGCUGCCUUUAACCCCGCGGACCCCGGCUUCCUCGUCCAUACCUCGGCAAUCAGUGAUGAAGAGUAUGAAAAGGCGGUAUGUCGAGGCCAGAAACUCUUCCUCGCGAUGACUAGAGAUGGCAACCAAGGCACACGUUACAUCGAUCCGCUAAACAGCCCUUGGGACGGCAACCUCGAGAAAGAGGGCUUGACCUGGGUAAAAUCUCUCAUGUACGAACCGCGUGCCUGGGAUCUGUGGACGGACGAGGACUCUUGGUGCGCCUUCGGUCACCAAGGGAUGACAACCGCUUUCAAAGCUCUCAGCAUCAGCGAUAAGUCGCUCGACGACGGAGGGGACAAUCAGUGUUUCAGCGCCUUCCACUACAACAGUCCGGCCGUUCUCUUUGAUCCAAAAGAUCCCUUCUACCUGGAUGACCCGGAUCAUCGGAUGUUGCCAAUCGACAAACAAUACUAUCUUGAUCCAUCGGGCAAGAGGCAGCGGUGCACAUGUUCCACGUACACGUUUGGCGUCAAUCCCAAGGCGGGCGUACUCUCCUUCGUCUCGCGCAGUAGUCCCUUCGAAACCGCAAAGAUGCUCUGGAAAUACACCCCACAAACCUCUGAGCUACCCGAACUGCGCGCCAGCUCUGACUUCGCAUGGGGCCUCUGGAAUAAGAUACGCGGUAAAGAUAACCUCGGUGACAUCCGCAAGAUUUUCAGCCUGUACAUCUCGAACAAAGAGACUCAAUCUAUCAUCGAUAGAGCCCUCGCUAAACAGGACAUCAAAGAGCCGAAAAAAUGGCCAGGAACGGAGAUUGAUCCAAAGUCGGAGGAAGGACUGGCGAUCAUCGGUUCCGCCAACGGCCGAGCCGCAGGUUACUUUCUUGCGCAACAUAAGCGCCAAUUGGGCAAAAACAAGUACAUCUCCAAGAUCAACGUCUUCCUGACCGAUAAGGAAAACCCAAUGAGGAAUAUUCUCUUUUAUGUUAACGAUGUGCCCUCGCCACCGCCGGACAUGUCGGAGCCGGAAGACAAGGACAAGGGCAAGGAUAAGGGCACUGGAUUGGUGGAGUCGACCCUUGUUGAUGGGGAUAGUGAUGGGACAAGCCUUGUAAGACGUCAUGUGGUUCUUGCAGGUCGCUGAAGUUAGCUAUACGGAGGCCACUGUUUGGUGCUGCGCUUGGAGUAGAUGGUUUCGUAUACAUGAAGGAAACGAUUAGACUGCUUUACAACAUUAAUAUAAAC